AGAAAAGAAGGACUGGAGGAGUUUAAUCGAUCCAGGACUGGGGUGUUUGCGGAUCGGAAUCUGUGUGAGCGUGCAAGGAAAAUUGGCGAAGGAUGGGGAUCAGAUUCGUAUUGAUGGUGAACAAGCAGGGGCAGACCCGUCUUGCCCAAUACUACGAGUACCUCACUCUCGAAGAAAGGCGAGCCCUUGAAGGCGAAAUCGUUCGCAAAUGCCUUGCCCGCACUGAGCAGCAGUGUUCAUUUGUUGAGCAUCGCAACUACAAAAUUGUUUAUAGGCGCUAUGCUUCCUUGUUUUUCUUGGUUGGAGUUGAUGAUGAUGAGUGUGAGCUAGAUAUCAUGUUCCAUUUGGAAAAGGCGCAUUUUAUGUUGGAGGAGAUGGUCAUGAAUGGUUGUGUUGUGGAGACAAGCAAAUCAAACAUUCUGACUCCGAUUCAGCUGAUGGACAAAACGUCAUGAAAUGCAUAUGAAAUGAAAUAAGCAUGCAAAAGCUGACUGGGUGAUUUGUGUAUUGUUAGCUGUUCUCAUCGCUAUAUUUUUCUUUAUAAUUUCGGCUUGGCACAAUUAGUCUCCAAUUUUCUUUAUAAAUUACGAAGUGAGUCCUUUCCAUAUUUCUCCCCUCGUCCCCUUUUUUAAUUGUAUUUAGUGUUGAUCACGCGCCUUGUACAUUAAAUUUAUAUUUUGGUGCCCCUGUUAUCAGCUCAAGUUCGUAUC